AUGCACCAAUACAAGUUUGUCUGGUUUCGGAAUGCUACUAUUUUGGUGCGCGUCCAAGAUGGUGAUACUGCUUUUGCUAUCCGCACAGAUGAUGACCUUCGUAAGACCAAAAGCCGUACUAAAGAGCGCGAUGUGGGCGUGCGGUUGGAGCUGUGGUUGCGGCCGCUGCGCGCGCUGGGCGGGGCGGGGGGCGGGGAGGGCGGAGGGGCGGGCGGCGUGGCGGACGUCGCCGCCGCCGCGAUGCACGACACGCGUUCGCUCUCGCACGCGUACGUCGACCUGCUCUACCAGUACGGUGUGAUGGUGCGCGCGGGCGGGCUGUGGGAGCAGUUGGUGCUGCUGCUGGAGCUGGUGGCCGCCAUGAACUUUCCGCGCACCGCAUUCCCGCCUCCGCAUGACGCUGUGCUGCGCCGCGAGUGCGAGCGCCGUUUGCGCAGCGUGGAAGACAAGGCGAUCGAGAGCGGGCUGCCGCUGCACGCGGUGUGGGUGCGCGUGGAGCGCGCGCGUGCGGCGGCGCACUGGCGGCCGGCGGGCGGAGGCGAGGGGGAGGGGGACGCGGACGAGCCCGCGCAGGCCGACCCGCAGCGCGCGCCGCUCGCGCACGACGUGGCGACGCUGCUGCAGCCGGUGGCCGAUGCGCACCAGCUGUGGCGCCUCUCCGUGCGCAUGCUCAUGCUCGCUAAGGUGCCGCUGCUGGGCGGCGCCGGCUGGUCGGCGCGUGACGAGCUGCUCGAGGGCGGCGAGUGUGGCGAGUGCGGCGAGGAGCUGCUGCCGCUGCUGGCCGAAGCACGCCUGUUGCCGUGCGUACUCGCCGCGCACGCGCCCGCCGCGCUCGCGCAGCGCCUGCUCGCCCUCUGUCUCGACCCGCCGCACUACUUCACCGACGAGGAUGGUCAGUAG